AUCUACCAAAUUUCAUCCGAAAGUCCUCGCGAGUGACAACAUUACGUGGCGGUGGUUCUAACAAAAUUUUCUAGAUUUAUAAACUUUAAAAAUAGUCAAUAUGUAUAAGAUUUUUGCGCUAUUUUUGCUUGUUGUGUGUCUGAACUGUGUGCAGCAAAGCCAUGGCUAUUUUAUCACCGUCGAUGCCCAUUCAGAGGAGUGCUUUUUCGACCGAGCAGAAUCCGGCACCAAACUGGGAUUGAUGUUCGAAACCAUCGAGGGUGGAUUUCUGGAUAUCGAAGUCCGCAUUGUAGGACCAGACCAGAAAGUGAUCUACCAAGGUGAAAAAGAAUCAAGUGGAAAGUACACUUUCUCCGCCUAUGAAACCGGUGUCUAUCAUUACUGCUUCAGUAAUAAGAUGUCCACGCUGACUCCUAAAGUGGUAAUGUUUUCGAUGGAAAUCGGCGAAGCCCCGAAGGGAACCAUCGGAGCUGUUAAUGAAGGUGAAGCCGGCCACUCAAAGCUUGAGGACAUGAUCAAAGAGCUGUCCGGAACGCUGACUAGCAUCAAGCACGAACAGGACUACAUGCACGUUCGUGACCGAAUCCAUCGUUCGAUCAACGAGAGCACUAACUCGCGCGUCGUCAUGUGGUCCGUGUUCGAAGCGCUGGUUCUGGUAGUGAUGACCGUCGGUCAGGUUUACUACCUGAAGCGAUUCUUUGAAGUUAAGCGCGUUGUGUAGAUGAGAACGACCGUAGAGACUCAAUUUUCUCGAUUGGGUGUGCCGAGGAUGUUUUCGUUGUAAGUUAAGUUCUUUUUUUUCGCCCCGCAAAUAUGAAAUCAAUCUCGUCUACUUGA